AAAGCACUCACUGAAAAUGAUCGAGACAGCCAGUCACCAUUAAAGAAUCCUCUAUUGUCGACGUCAAGACCCCUGGUUUUUGGGAAGUCAAACAGUGGUGCAACUGAUUAUCAGAAACAGCUGAAGCAAAUGAUUAAGGAUUUAGCCAAAGAAAAAGAUAAAACAGAUAAAGAGUUGCCCAAAAUGAGCCAGAGAGAAUUUAUCCAGUUCUGUAAAACUCUGUACAGUAUGUUCCAUGAAGAUCCAGAAGAAAACGAUUUGUAUCAAGCCAUCGCCACGGUAACCACUCUGCUGCUGCAGAUCGGGGAAGUGGGGCAGCGAGGCAGCAGCUCUGGAAGCUGCUCCCAGGAAGGCGGGGAGGAGCUGCGGGCUCCAGCUCUUUCUCCAGAGCAGGACUCGGUUUUUGCAGACACCAGCCCUGGCAAGAUUGCCCAGGACUCCCAGACAUUUCCUGAAGAGGCAGAAGGGGACUGGACUGUGUCCCUUGAGCAUAUUUUAGCUUCACUUCUGACUGAACAGUCAUUAGUCAACUUUUUUGAAAAGCCGCUGGACAUUAAAUCCAAACUUGAAAAUGCCAAGAUCAAUCAGUACAGUCUCAAAACUCUGGAAAUGAGCCGCCAAUCACAGCCUGAACUCAAGCUGAGUAACCUGUAGCAGGAGAGCAGUUUGCAGAGACGAGUCUGCCAUACCAAAGCACGGAACAGUUUUGUGGGUUGUCAGCCCUAAAAUCCAGAUUUUAAUUGAAUUCGAGUGUAUUUUACAAGCUGGGUAUCUGGAUAAGCAGCCUGACAGCCACAGCUGUGGCCAGGGGAAUUGAUGCAACCCUCAAGCAUUUCUAUUAAGAGAAUUAUUAGUUGGAUAUUACAGUGCUAUAGGGUAUCCAUACAUUAGUUCCCUUGAUGCUGUGACUUGCAAUUUCACUUUUAUUAUCAGAUUUCCUGAAAUUUCAGGGCACUUCUGCUGUGAUGCUAGUAUGAUUUCGUUCUCAGAUGGAACAGAAGAGUCAAACUGUAUCAUACCAAACCAGACAAAAGCCCAAGCUCUCAUUUUUCACUUGGAUAAUGGGGGAGAGGUCACAAAUCAAGUUCACUUUCAAGAUCCAAGAGCCACUAUCUGUGCAAUUGUAUUUGGCUUUUUUUGCACUAAUUUUGUUUCAAUGCUGGUAAUUGAAACCAUUUUAAUAUAUUUGGUUGUAUUCACUUUGUCCUUACAAAAAUGUUGUGUACAAACCAUGCUUUCAUUGUUGGCCUCCCAAGUUUUUUAAUAAAUAAAUUUUUGUAUUGA